AUGCACACAGAGUGUUAUGUCCCCUGGCACCUGAUUGUGAUAGCUUUGGGAAUCUUUUGUACACUUCUUCUGUUAACUGUUGCAGUGUUGGUGACAAUCAGUGAUUUUUCAGUAUCAAGUCAUGAACAGCAGGAAACUCCAAACCACCACCAUAAUUGCACCGCCAUGCAAAGUGACAUUGACUUAAAGGAAGAAAUGCUGAGAAAAAAGUCUAUAGACUGUAGUCCAGGUAAUGAUCUUCCGGAAUCAGUCAACAGAGAACAGAACAGAAGGUACAGCAAAACCCAGGCUGUCGUAAAUUCCACACAACACACAGGCAGUGAAAUUGAAACAUACUGGUUCUGCUAUGGUAUAAAAUGUUAUUAUUUCAUCAAGGAUGGAAAAUCAUGGGAUGAAUGUAAACAAACCUGCCAGAAUUCCAGUUUAUUCCUUCUGAAGAUAGAUGAUGAGGAUGAACGGAAAUUCCUUCAGCAACAGCUUAUUCCAGACAAUUACUGGAUUGGAUUUUCAUAUGAUAAAGAAAAAAAGGAAUGGGCAUGGAUUGAAAAUGGACCAUCUAAACCUGCCUCAAACACAAUGAAAUUCAAUGAAAAGCUUGGAGGAUGUGUAUUCUUAUCUAAAACAAGACUAGACCAUACUGACUGUAGAAAUUUAUACAGCUGUAUUUGUGGGAAGAAAUUGAAUAAAUUCCCUGAUUUACUCUCCAAUUAGUGUUAAAGUGAAAACAAAGAGACAAUCUGGAAGAUUGGUGAAUGUUCUGGAAUCUGGAAUCUGACUUGACAGAGCAGAGGACAUCUACCUUCCUG